ACUACUUAUCCGCUUUACGACGCCUUUGGAGGCUGAUUCAAAAUGGAGUAGAGCUCGGACUGGGUCGGAACAAACGGAACCAGAACCAGCUCCAGACUCAGACUCGGUUCUUCAGAACAAGAACCAGCUCCUUCUCCAGCAUCGGUCUCGGUCUCGGUUCUUUUGGGUCGUCUCCCCGUGAACCCAGAACUCUCUCGUCAUGUCCGAGGACCAGAAGUCCGGUUCUCUUGGGUUCUUCUCCAGCUACGACGACCUGAGCGACAGCGACAGCAGCGAGGACGAGGAGCGGGACGCUCGGAAGAAGAGAGCCGGGUCAGACGCUGCGGGCGGCGGGGAGCAGGCCUCCCAACCCGGGGCCAAGAGAGCCGGAGCUCCGCUACCGAGACCGGCAGAACUGUUCGGCUCCGUGUCCAAACCCGCCUUCCUCUACAACCCGCUCAACAAGGAGAUAGACUGGGAGAGCCUGACCGUCAGAGCGCCGGAGGAGCCGGCGAGGGAGUUCAAACCGUGGAAGACAAACGCCGUGCCCCCUCCUGAAAGCUACUCCUCAGAGCCCGAGAAGAAGAAGGGACCUCCGCCGGGCAUGGACAUGGCCAUCAAGUGGUCCAACGUGUACGAGGACAACGGGGAAGACGCGCCACAGCCGUACAGCGGCAACGCCCGGUUCCUACCCUCAGAGGAGCAACCCUCCGACUCAGAUGAGGAAUCCGAGAAGGGAGACCUGUCUGCCAAGAAACGUCGAGUGGAGACCUUCCAGCAGAAGGAGAAGAGGAAGAGGGACAUGGGACAAGCUACCUCCGACAAGAAUUUCGUAGAGGAGGAGAAACGGAUCCUCCGGCAAAAGAUUGAGUAACAACAAAGAAUCUGUUUGUGAUUUUAAAACAUUUUACGUCAGCACAACGGUCCAAGUAGGUGGUGCGCAGCUUGUAAAACCAGGUACCAGGUUACCUGUGUGUCGACAUCAUUUGCAAUAUUAUAAUAUUUGUUUUGCUUUCAAAGGACUGUCGGCACACUUUAAAAAUGACAAGUCCUGCUGUUCCAGCUUAGAUUUCCUGCGGACUCUUUUCCAAAGUUCAGGUGCUUUCCAAACUGGGUCGGACGUUCAGCUUUCUUUCAAAGGCACGGCGAUGAGGGAUAUCACUCGACACAGCUUUACAACAUGUACUGGGGCAUUACCAAACAAGUGAUCAGACAGGUUUAGUCCCGGCUUGGCAUCACCUGUGCUUUAGUUCUAGACGGACGAGGCGAGGUGAGACUUAAGUAAACCUGCCUGAUUGCUCUUGUUUGAGUCCCUGCGUCUCUGCGUCAUUGCAAAGAAAGCUGCUGAGUAAAAUGUCAAUAAAAAUAAAAAUAAAAAACAGUAAAUGUGAGUUUAGGCUGUUGUGACGCAUUGAACAUAAAGUGUGAAGUGUGGUUAGUUUGUGUUAAUUUAAUAACGUGACGUCCGGCUGUGGUGGCUUCCUCGCUCAGUGUUUUUUGUCUUGUAUUAUAGGAAAUAUCUAAUCACCACUGAAUGAUGUUUGUGUUGUGUUUAAAAAAGAAAAGAAAAAUUGCUGUAAAUCUGUUGAAACAGCAUGAAAACAGUUGCUUGUUCUUCCUGCUUCUGGGCACUAGGUGUCGCCCUUAAGCUGCAAUAGAAAACACUUCCUUCGUGUUCGUAGUGAAGUCUAAACGUCUAAACGUGGCCCGGAUAACAACCAGGGUGAGUGAGAGAGUGUCAGGUUCUGUUCUCCGAUCGGGAAGUUUGUCUCAUCUCAGUUCUCUUGAGAUACUCGAUGCAUACAGACUGUUUGUUCAGUCUCGUGUACCUUGUAUUACAUCUGUGUGAAAUAAAACUUCUUGCAUGUAUAUCAAAAGAUGUUUGUACCGUUUUAUGAACCUUUUUUUUUGUUUGUUUGUUUCUGUCAGCAGAUCUGCUCACGUUGUACGAGGAUGAUUUUAUAGUUUCAGUGAUAUACUACUCAUUAUGAACCACUUAGGCAAUAAAAAUGUAUUUUACUGGAA